AUGAGAGCCUCCUCCAUUUUCAGUCUAAAUAGAGCAUCAAUUCCGGCAAUUCGGUUCCUAGUUCGACCCGAAUUCACACCCAGCCAUAAUAACAAUCUCUCUUCAUCUAACCACUUUCGUACCCAUUCCAGCGCAAUGUCCCGCCUAACGCCCUAUCUAGAACAACACAAGAAGUUUGAAGGGCCCGGAGACGCUCGCCCUUCAGCUAUCCAGGUCGUCGAGGACCAAGAUCUUGUAGGAAAAUGGGCUGGCAAAGUGGCUCUUGUUACAGGCUGCUCCCCUGGAGGCCUCGGUCCCGAGACAGCUAGAGCACUGCACGUCACUGGUGCCGAUGUCUAUAUUACAGUACGUGAUGUGGCCAAAGGCGAAGAAGUCGCCAAAGAUAUUCUGUCAGACGGCAAGCCUGGCAAGGUAGAGGUUAUUAAGCUGGACCUUGGCUCCCUCGACAGUGUGCGUCAAGGUGCCAAGGAGUUUCUGAGCAAAUCCGAGAAGCUCAACGUGCUCGUAAACAAUGCAGGUGUCAUGGCUUGCCCCAAGGGGAAAACAGUUGAUGGCUUUGAGACACAAUUCGGCACAAACCAUCUGGGUCACUUCCUUCUCUUCCAACUUUUGAAACCCGCCCUCCUCGCCGCCGCCACACCAGAGUUUAACUCUCGCGUCGUCUCCGUCUCUUCCACCGGCCAUCGUCAGGGCAAGAUUCAGUUUGAAGACUUCAACUUUGACAGCAAAAUCGAGUACCAGCCCUGGGCCGCCUACGGCCAGUCCAAGCUUGCCAACAUUCUUUUCGCUAAUGAAAUCGACCGCCGCUACGGCCCUAAAGGCAUCCACGCCUUUAGUUUGAAUCCGGGCGGUAUCAAAACUCCCUUGCAACGGUACGCUCCCGAGCUGCAGAAGAUGAUUGAGAGGCCCGAGGUGCAGCUAUUCCUUAAGAGCACCUCCCAAGGCGCCGCUACGUCUGUCUGGGCUGCGGUUGCCAAGGAGCUGGAGGGCCUAGGUGGCAAAUAUCUUGAGAACGUCGGAGUUGCGGAGCAGGCCGCGCCGGAUGUCGGACCUGGAGGACCGGGAUACAUUGCGCCUGCGUUCGAUCCGCCAACGGAGAAGAAACUUUGGGUUGAAAGUCUUAAGCUCGUAGGUCUUGAGGAUGACGCGUGA